ACUUUCCAACCUUUUUCCAGUUUUCCUUGGUUUUCCAAUCAUCCAAACACAAAAGCAAAAUAGGUUCUUUUAUCAAAUUUAAUUUUUCCCUCUCCAAUUCUCAAACUUUCCACUUAUUCCAGGGUUUCUUCACCUCCCAUUUCAUUUAAAAGGCGGCGGUAAGCAAAGGGCAAGAGUUUGUUGCCUUCCUUGUUAUGAAAAAUUUAUCGAAAGAAACAAGCCUUAGAUCUUGCGGGCAUCGCGGAAUUUGAAAGAGUUGGACCUAAAUCAAUUCCAGACUUUUGGCUUCCAGUUUGGUUCAGGUUUCAAUUCUUCACAGUUUUUCUGGUUGAUUGGAUUCAAGUUAUAUCAGAUUCGGGUUGUUGGUCUUAAGUCUAUCGUUUAUGUUGAACUUUCAAGUGAUUAAUCCUGGUGUUAUGAAUUUUUUCUGUGUUAUCUUUCAAACCUAAACCCUCAAACAGUUAAAGAUUGGUUUUGAACUGAAAAAGUUCCUGGAGCCAGGGAGAUGCAACUUGGAUAGAAACCUAGCUGGUGAACAAGUGUUAUACCCUUUUUCUUUUUUGUUUCAAAACUAUCAAUUUGUGGUGUAAUGCUUGUUGAAUAGUUUGAAUAAAGGUUACAUCUACAGGAUCUUUGAUAAAAACUUUAUCUGAUCAAAUCUUAACAACACAGGAACCAUAAUGAAAGCAAAAAUGAAUAAGUAGUCUGGUGAAUCAACAUAUUAAGAAAUAAGAAGGGGAAGAAAUUGUUUGUCAAAACCCUUUCUCAAGGGGAAAAAGGACAAAAAUGAAAGAAAGAAAGAAAAAGGUGAAGCUAUGAAAUCUUUUUGUUGCUGUUGGAUAUCAAGUAUGAUUUUGUAUUUUCCACGUUUAAUUUCUUUAAAAGAAUGAAUUAGAUCAGAACUUUCUUUUUAUAAGUUUUAUCAGAUGAUUAACUUUCAAUUUCAAUAUAUAGGCUGUAAAAGUUUCAUGAACAUCCUCGACACAAGUAAUAAUGAAUGAUUUUUUAAGUUUUAUUGAUUAAAUCUUUUCUAUAACUUCUUCCAAAUGCUUUUAGAUAGAGGAUGUACUGCAUCUUCAAUCCCUAAUUAAUGAUAAACUAGGUCCUACAUCAGAGGGCCAUAUUCUCAUAGACAACUUGCAUGUUGACACCUCUUCACAAACAUACACAAGGUUCCUCUUGUUACGUUGACCAUAGGUGGCUUCUCCUCAUGGUUUUAGGCAUAAGUUGAUUUGGCUCUGAUAUAUUAGUGUGUUUCCCCAGGACUAAGAUACAAGUAGUUUCAGAUUGUGAAGUUACAAAAUCUUGCAAAGUUACUUCCUUUGUGUUAGAAUUGCUAAAUUAGUACUUUUUAUUCUUAUUGAUGAUUGGCUCUAGGUAUCAUGUCUAACGUACAUAGCAAUUAAUGCAAAUUGCAUUUUUUUUUUGUUCCAUUUUUUACUUUUUUCACUUUCUUUUUCCUUUUGAUAUUUCAUCAUAGACCUUAUUAUUUUUCUUUCAAUUUCUCUUCCCCUUCCCAUUAUAGAGGAAGGGAUUACUGUUAAAUUUGGUUGUCUUGUAACAACUGCUCAUUAGUUUCUUUUCCUAUCACAGGUUUGUUAUAUAAUACUUUUGGGUACUAAAUAAGUUGCUUCACUAAUUGAAAACUUAAAAAGGGAUUUUGCUGCCAAUGUUUAUGUUCUGUCAAGAAGAAAAUUCCAUUUAUAUGUUGAUUAAUUAUGCUGGUAUACAUAUUUUUGUUUGAUUCCCUAGCUUGUUUUGGCUAACCUCCGCUGACCUGCCACCUCAUUAUAUAUGUAUGUAUAUUAGUUUCCUUUCUUUUUUGUCUCUACUGCAAUUUAACUAAGAGUAUAUACAUGCUGUUUUUGAAGCUUUUCCUUGGAAGCAUUUUCUGUUCUGUUUAUUGCAUGGAGGGAGCCCUUUGAAUCACAUCAGUCUGUUGCCUCAUUUCAUGUAGUCAUGGCUGAUCAUGCUUUAGUGGUAGCUGAUACUUCUCAUGCCCUUGUAGAACAGUCAUUAGUUAUCGGGCAGGAAUUUCCUGAUGUUGAAACCUGCAGAAGAACCUUGAAAGAUAUUGCUAUAGCAUUGCAUUUUGAUCUUAGGAUAGUGAAAUCAGAUCGCAGCCGAUUUAUAGCCAAGUGCUCCAAAGAAGGUUGUCCCUGGCGAGUCCAUGUUGCAAAAUGUCCUGGGGUUCCAACUUUCUCAAUUAGAACUCUGCAUGGAGAGCAUACAUGUGAAGGGGUUCGCAACCUCCAUCAUCAGCAAGCAUCAGUGGGUUGGGUUGCAAGAUCAGUAGAAGCACGCAUUCGGGAUAAUCCACAGUACAAACCAAAAGAAAUCCUGCAAGAUAUCCGAGACCAGCAUGGAGUUGCUGUUUCUUAUAUGCAAGCUUGGCGAGGAAAGGAACGAAGUAUGGCUGCUCUUCAUGGGACUUUUGAAGAAGGGUAUCGCCUUCUUCCUGCAUACUGUGAGCAAAUAAGAAAAACCAACCCUGGAAGUGUUGCAUCGGUUUUUGCCACUGGACAAGAAAAUUGUUUUCAGCGCCUCUUUAUUUCUUACCGUGCUUCUAUCUAUGGGUUUAUAACCGCCUGUAGACCACUUCUAGAACUUGAUAAGGCAGAUCUGAAAGGAAAAUACUUGGGUGCAUUACUUUGUGCUGCAGCUGUUGAUGCUGAUGAUGCAUUGUUUCCCUUGGCAAUUGCUAUUGUUGACGUGGAAAGUGAUGAAAAUUGGAUGUGGUUCAUGUCAGAGUUGAGGAAGCUUCUUGGUGUGAACACUGAAAACAUGCCUAGACUUACUAUACUGUCUGAAAGACAGCGAGGCAUGGUAGAUGCAGUAGAAACCCAUUUUCCUAGUGCCUUUCAUGGUUUUUGUCUACGCCAUGUCAGUGAAAAUUUCCGUGAUACAUUUAAGAACACAAAGUUGGUUAAUAUAUUCUGGAACGCUGUUUAUGCUCUCACGACUGUAGAGUUUGAGAGCAAAAUUGCAGAAAUGGUAGGGAUCUCACAGGAUGUUAUACAAUGGUUUCAACUCUUCCCUCCCCAGCUUUGGGCAGUAGCAUAUUUUGAAGGAGUGAGAUAUGGCCACUUUACGCUUGGUGUGACUGAGAUGUUAUAUAAUUGGGCCCUUGAAUGUCAUGAGCUCCCCAUUGUGCAGAUGAUGGAACAUAUUCGCCAUCAACUAACUACUUGGUUUACCAAUCGUCGUGAAAUGGGAAUGAGAUGGACCUCAAUUCUUGUUCCAUCUGCUGAGAAGCGAAUUUCGGAGGCAAUUGCAGAUGCUCGUUGCUACCAAGUACUUAGAGCAAAUGAAGUGGAGUUUGAGAUUGUCUCAACCGAGAGGACUAAUAUAGUGGAUAUUAGGAGUCGUGUGUGUUCCUGUCGGCGAUGGCAGCUGUAUGGUUUACCAUGUGCACAUGCUGCAGCUGCCCUUAUUUCUUGUGGGCAGAAUGCUCAUCUGUUUGCCGAACCUUGUUUCACAGUGGGAAGCUACCGUGAGACCUAUUCACAGAUGAUACAUCCUAUUCCAGAUAAGAGCGUUUGGAAGGAGCUGGGUGAAGGAGCUGAGGGUGGAGCUGCGAAGCUUGAUAUCACAAUACGCCCUCCCAAAAUUCGCCGGCCACCUGGCAGACCGAAAAAGAAAGUUCUUCGCGUAGAGAACUUGAAGCGGCCAAAGAGAGUUGUUCAAUGUGGUAGAUGCCAUUUAUUAGGUCAUUCUCAAAAGAAAUGCACAAUGCCAAUUUGACCCUGAUUUAGAAUCUUUUUUUUGCCCCUUUCUUUUUAGCCUUUGAAUAUUUUGUUUUGAAGUUCCAAUAGAAUCAGUAAUGUGUUUGUAAUGUUAUUGUAUGGUUUUAACAUUCCAGUCUUAGAAUAAAGCAUAUCCUCUGCUCAAA